UUUGGUUGCAUUGUACCUAACAGCCAUUUAGCCCCACAGAGCUGUUUGUCUGUCUGUUGCUGUCUGUGUGUACAUUAACAGGGAUACCGCUGAUCUGAAAACUCCUGGAAUAUCACCAGCAGCCAUGGGAUACCUGGGAUAUGUUUUAUUUUCAUCCAGGCACGACAACUGACCCCAGAAAUGUAAUGUUUCCCGCUGUUUUCCAGUUUUCUCCUGGUUGUGACCGUGUGAUGGCUGCGGUCCAGUGAACUGGGAGCACGUUGACUGGUCUGCCUGUUCAAUCCACCAGUUUGGGAGCUUGUUUUAACUGUUUUUACUGGGAUUACCGGGACCUAUGGAGUGUACAUGAAUAUUGGUCGGAUAGGGAUUCCAAACGGGGUACCUGAUGCUGAAGUCCAGUUUCUUCUAAAUAGGACUGAACUGUGUCCUCGGUGAAUUGACUUGACAAUUGACUGUCACAAUUCAGGAGACGAUGUGGGGAGCAGGGAGGAGACGCGGGGUCCAGCCCUGAGGAGGCGUCCUGCGGCUGGGAGGAGCGCGGCCCUCCUGUGGCCCUCCUGCGGCGCUCCGGGACGCUCCUACUAAGAUGUCCCUCAGCAGCGGCCCUGCAGGCGGGAAAGGUGUGGACUCCAACGCGGUGGACACGUAUGACAGUGGCGAUGAGUGGGAUAUCGGUGUUGGCAAUCUGAUCAUUGACCUGGACGCCGAUUUGGAGAAAGACAAACUAGAGAUGUCAAGCAGUAAGGAGGGAGGGGGCAUGGCGGCCCCUCCCAGUGCUGUGGCUGCUUUACCUGACAAUAUAAAAUUUGUUAGUCCUGUAGCUGCCGCGCAGGGCAAAGAGAGCAAAUCUAAAUCAAAACGUAGUAAAAACUCUAAGGAGAGCGUUAAGGCCCCUGUGACAGAUGGAGCUAAGAAAGAGGUUCAGGGUCGGACCCCUGGAGACCCUCCACCCCAGAACCCCAACUCUACCCCUACUAAAGGAACUGACAAGUCUAGCAAAACCUCCCGAACCCUCCCUGCUGUGAAAAAGGACAAGGAUGGGGUCUCUGGGAAAACUAAGAAGGAGAAAAUGGAGGUUGUGGCCACGGGAGUGGUGAACACUGAAAAAGAGUCUGGGGCCACUAUCCUACCUUUAGGGACCCCUCGUAGUGGCCCGUUUGAUGGACAGCAAAACCCUGAGUUAGCUGCAGCUGAGCAGCUUGGAAAUAUGGCACUGGACUCAGCAGGGAUUGGCCAGCCUGUCACUAUGACAACAGAGCAAGAGGAGGUGGACAAUGGGGAUUGCCGAAAUCUGAAGAAAGUCGUUGGUGGUGAAAAGAUGGAGUCUCCGGUCUCCACUCCUGCUCCUCCUCCUCUGCACCUCCUCGCUCCGGUCAGCAACAGCGACAUCUCGUCCCCCUGUGAGCAGAUCAUGGUUCGCACACGCUCAGUAGCGGUGAACACGGCUGAUGCGGCAUUGGCUACCGAACCAGAGUGCCUGGGACCCUGCGAGCCAGGCACCAGUGUCAACCUGGAGGGCAUUGUGUGGCAGGAGACUGAGGAUGGCAUGCUGGUUGUGAACGUUACCUGGAGGAACAAGACUUAUGUUGGAACUCUGCUCGACUGCACAAGACAUGACUGGGCCCCACCAAGGUUCUGUGAGUCUCCCACCAGUGACGUGGAGAUGCGUAGCGGUCGUGGUCGGGGAAAAAGAAUGCGCCCCAGCAGUAACACGCCUUUGAAUGACAACAGCAACUCCUCAGACAACAAAGGCAGUGGCAGCAGUAAAACACGUGGUGCCGCUGCUAAUAGCAAAGGACGGCGAGGCAGCCAAACGGCCAGCAGUGUCGAGGACGCCAAGGCCAGCCCUUCCUCUGCAAAGCGCAAGACAAAACCUGCCUCUGAUAUGGAGCCCACCUCCAGCUCAGAGGACACAAAGGCAUCCAAACGCAUGCGAACUAAUUCAACUGGUGCUGCCUCCACCCUGCCCGGAGGUAAAACAGACCCUCUGCCCCCUCCACAACUGGACCGGACCUGUCCCUCCCCUGUACUCAUUGACUGUCCACACCCCAACUGCAACAAGAAGUACAAGCACAUCAACGGGCUCAAGUAUCACCAGGCUCGAGCCCAUAAUGACCACGACGUCCGACUGGACCAGGACGCAGACAGCGAAUACGGCGAUGACCCUGCCCUCCAUCCCGAUCCUGCAUCCUGCAAUGGCGCUGCCAUUUCUCCUGCCCGCUCCACUACACCUAAGGGACGGGGCUUCGAUGCCCCCUCCCCAUCAUCAGGGAAGCUGAUGUCAAAGCAGGGAAAAAAGAAAGCCGGAGAAGCUGAGCCGGAGGUGACGGACGGCGGCGAGGAGGGUGUGUGUCUGACAGACGAGGCCAGUAAUGAUGGGAUGGACGACAGGAAAGCAAAGAAGAUGGCUGCUGGGGGAAAGCCUGAUAAACUGACCCAGAAAGGCUUGAAGCCAGCCCGCCCUGCUGCCCCCACUGCCCCUGGUGCUCCAGCACCCUACACACUACAGGCAUCCUCCCCUGCUCUGGGUUCAGUGGUACAGUCCGUCCCCAAAAGCCCGCAGUUAAAAAACAUCCAGCCUAAACCUCCUCCACUGGCGGACCCCGCCUCUAGCCCUGCCCUCGGCAAGGACAAGAAGAAGAAGGACAAGAAGAAGAGGGAAGGAGGAAAGGAGGGUGACAGUCCAAAAGCAGCAGGAAAGAGGCCAGAGGAGGGUAAGAGUCCUUACUCGGAGUCAUCAGAUGCUUUGCUCAAUGGCUCCACAGAAGCUCACCAGAGUCGGUUGGCCAGUAUUAAGGCUGAGGCUGACAAAGUUUACAGCUUCUCAGACAAUGCACCGAGCCCGUCUAUUGGAGUGGCCAGCAGAAUGGAGGCUGGCCUUGCACCGCCGCUUCACCUCAACCAAAACGGGGCUGACAACGCAUCCGUUAAAACCAGCAGCCCUGCCUACUCCGACAUCUCUGAUGCUGGGGAGGACGGUGAAGGGAAGGAGGGGAUGAAGGCCAUUAAAUCUGAGCCAGACCAGGGGCCUCGAGAAGCGGCCAAGAAGGCGCUGUUCCCUCCUCAGCCACCCACUAAGGACUCGCCUUACUACGCCAACUAUGACUCUUACUACUCUCCUAACUACCCCAACCCCAGCCCUGGAGCAGCACCGGCAGUGCUGCCUCAUGUAGAGGGAACACAGGUGAAGGUGAAGAAGGAGGAGGAGCCAGAGGUGAUCGAGGAGGGUAAAAUAAAGGUGGAGCCUCAGGAGGAGAGGAAGGCAGAGCCAGGACCUCAGCAACCGUCAGUCAUCCAGCAGCGCUCUAACAUGUACUCACAGUCGCUGUAUUAUAGCCAGUACUAUGUACCCCCCUACUCAUACUCACCUGACCCGGCUUACCAUCCCCACCUGCUGGCCUCUAACCCCGCCCACCGUCAACAGUACGAGGAGAGGCAGAGGCAAGCAGACAAGAAAGCCGAGGGGAAAGAGCGGGAUCCUUCUGGGAAGGAGGAGUGGAAGCAGAAGGCCUCUGUGCCCCCCACCCUAUCCAGAGCCCCCAGCCUCACAGACCUAGGUGCAAAGGGGGGACUAAACCCAGCCAAACCCAAAGAGGCCCCACAACCUUCUGAACAGGGCAAGUCAGUCAUCAUGGCAAAGGCAGAAGAACCCAAGGCGCCCUCUGCCCAGCCUGAAGGACUGAAAAUGAAGCUAAGUGAAGCAGGGCAUCAUGGGAAGGAGGAGGCCAAGCCAGGGGUGGAGUCAGGCAGGCCGUCAGGUGUUGAACCUGCUAUGUGGUACAGACAGGAGCCAGACUCCCGCCUGUGGCCCUAUGUGUACCCCAACAAGUACUCUGAUGCUCCUAAACCCCAGGAGGAGGACCGGUGGAAGGAGGACAGAGAGAGAGAUCGUGACAGAAAAGGGAAGGAGGAAAGGCCACGUCUGAAGGAAGGAGUCCAGAAAGAGGAGGCAAAGGAGGGGACGGAGGGCAGGACCCAGCUGCCUGCAGAGGAGCAUAGAGGAGGUAGUGGGAAGGACCCACGUCCCCCUCACAUGCAGUUCUCCUCCCCCCUGGCCCAGCACCAGGGCUACAUGCCCUACAUGCACGGACCUUACGCCUACAGCCAGGGCUAUGAGCCCAGCCAUCCUGGAUACAGAGGUGUUCCCGCUGUCAUGAUGCAGAACUACCCUGGCUCGUACCUUCCAGCGGGUUAUUCGUUCCCCGCAUAUGGAGGAAAAGUGUCAGCGGGGGAGGAGGGAGAGAAAGCCUCCAGGUCCAGUCCCACGGUGAAGCCUCCCAAUGAGGCCAAAGCUCUGGACCUCCUGCAGCAGCACGCCAGCCAGUACAAGAGCAAGUCCCCAUCCAUCCAAGACAAGACACCACACGACCGGGAGAGAGAGAGAGAGAGGGAGAGGGAGCGGGACAGAGACAGGGAAAGAGAGCGAGACAGGGAGAGAGAAGGCGACCGGCCGCGGUCGUCACCAUCACAACGUAUCCUGCCUUCACAUCAUCACCUGGGAUACCCGCUGCUGUCGGCACAUUACGACCUGUCCUACCCCUCAGGCCUCUCCUCUUCAGCCAUUGUCGCCAGUCAGCAAGCGUCUGCCCCGUCCACGUACCCACCUCCAAGGAGGUGAGAAUGGCACACCUGAUUGGCUGACCUCCACCCUGCGCAGAGUCAUGUGACUGGAUCACAUGAGGAAGUAUUUCUGUUUCAACAUCAGUUCAAUGGUGUUUGUGUAGGUUUGAUUACUCUACCUGGACGUCCAGCUAGCCACUCUGCCCCACGUUGGACUGCUGAGGAGGCUUAAAGACCUGUUCCCACUGGAUCUCACUGGUUCUACUGGUUCCAGAUGCUCAGGCAGGCAGCGGAGGAUUCAGUUUCUCACUAACUGAGGACAAAGUGGACCUGGCGGGUAGAGAAACUUUGAGAUAAUCCCGGUCUCUGGUGCUGUUGUGACACUUGGAGGAGCUCUUCUGUUGUUUUUGAGGUGGACGGGUUUGGACGGUGCUUGGCACCACCCAGAGGCGUUCGCUGUCCAUAUUCAUCUGUUUUUGAAGAAAGGACGGGAGGGUUACAGGGUGGGCUCUGACUCCCACCACCCCAGACUGUAGGAGCAGUGACCUCUGACCUCUCUGAAGCAGAGACGGCAGUGCAGCUCUGAACUCCACCAGAUGUUGUCACACCUUCACCUGGAAGUAUCUCAGCCUCACAAGAAAACAAAACACUGUGGACGGAGGAGGACGGACCAAUCAGAGGGUAGAGUUUGAAAACCUCUGUUCUCGGACUGACAGACUGGAAGCUCCGCCCCUCAGACAGGCAGACGGGCGGCGCCGCUGCUCCUCCUCAGUGUGUAGCUGUACUGUACUCUGUGUAUGUGUGUAUGCGUGUGUGUGUAAAUACUGUACAGAGGAAUUAUUUUAAAGAGCCUGUUGGAUGCUGUUGGAUUUCCUACUCUUCUUUUUGUCUGGUAGCCUCUGCCUCUGUUUUUCUACUGUUGUUGAUCUGAUAUUAAACCUGUAGCUGGUGGAACAGCG